AUGGAAAUAGGUCCUGACGGAAAACCGUGCAGAGCUUGUGUUAGUGUUGAAGAACUCAUGAAGCGUGCUAGGGAUAUCGCCAAUAAGAAGGCAAGCCAAGCAGGCGCCUCAAACUCCACACCAGCGGAUCCGUCUCCCACUACUGUUUCAUCUUCUCAUGAUCUCAAAGAAUGUCCUGUUGACAAAGACGAGCUUGGUCGAUCAACAUGGAAUCUUCUUCACACUAUGAGCGUUUAUUAUCCCGAAAAUCCUAAUGAAGAACAGAAGAAGACGGCUUUUCAGUUCAUGGAUAGUUUGUCUAAAACUUUUCCAUGUGACUUCUGUGCUAAGGAUUUAAGAAAAGAUCUGAAGCAAGAUCCUCCAAAGUUGGAAAGUCGUGAAGAAUUUGCAAUGUGGAUGUGUAGGUUACAUAACAAGGUCAAUAAGAAAAUUGGGAAGGAAGAGUUCGACUGCUCGAAAGUCUUCGAGAGGUGGAGGGAUGGUUGGAAAGACGGAUCAUGCGACUUUUAA